GCCAGGCUUGAAGCCAUUGAGGUGGAAUUGUAAGACCGACAUUGCGUGAUGGAGAUUGAUGAAGAAGGUGGCACAUUUGUAUUUGGUCCACUGACUUGUCCGUCUUGCUGGUAUGUGCUGAUCUUGGAGUGUUUGUACUUGACCUCGGGUCGAGUUAAUCUCCUCUUCUACUCCCCGCUUCGGCUUGCACUCGCGGUUACACCGUACUAGUACUUUUCCAUCGACAAUGAGGAUGUUUCAUAGUAGAGAUUCGAAAUCUUGAGCACUGUUCAAAUUCAUCGGC